AUGUCUAAGACAAGUCUCAGUAAUAAAUUAUCCAUUAAAGAUGUCGAUUUAAAGGACAAGCGAGUUCUUAUUCGAGUUGACUUUAAUGUUCCAUUUCACGACGGAAAAAUAUCCAGUAAUCAACGUAUCAUUGAAGCUUUGCCAACGAUUAAUCAUGUCUUAGACCAUGGGGCGAAAGUCAUUAUACUGAUGUCUCAUCUAGGUCGUCCAGGUGGAAAAAAGAAUUCAAAACUUUCUUUAAGACCAGUUUCUGGGGAACUCGGUCGUUUAAUAAAUAAAGAAAUUCUGUUUCUCGAAGAUUCCGUCGGUCCUGAAAUAGAGAAAGCUGUGGCAAAUGUGACCGGAGGACAAGUUAUUCUUCUCGAAAAUCUUCGCUUCCAUAUUGAAGAAGAAGGUUCUACAAAAGAUGACCAAGGAAAAAAAGUAAAAGCAUCAGCAGAAGAUGUAGCUAAAUUCCGUGCUUCUCUAUCCAAACUUGGUGAUAUCUAUAUCAACGACGCAUUUGGAACAUCACAUCGUCCUCAUAGCUCCAUGGUCGGCGUUGAUUUACCAAUUCGUGCUGCUGGUUUCUUGCUAAAAAAAGAAUUAGAUUUCUUUGGCAAAGUCCUAGAAAAUCCCGAAAGACCGUUCUUGGCUAUUCUCGGAGGAAACAAUUUUUUAAUUGGAAAACUAUUAUUACAAUUAGGUGGCAUGGCUUUUACUUUCAAAAAAGUUCUUGAGCAUGUAGAGAUUGGAAAUUCCUUGUUUGAUGAGGAGGGAUCAAAAACAGUUGCUCAUUUGGUUGAAAAAGCCAAAACCAAUAACGUAAAUCUGGUCUUUCCGGUCGAUUAUGUGACGGCAGAUAAGUUUGACGAGAAUGCCAAUACUGGUUAUGCUACUGAUGAAACAGGCAUUCCAGCUGGAUGGUUAGGUCUUGACUCUGGUAAGAAAACGAACGAAAUUUUCAAGAAAACUAUCUUAGAAUCAAAAACGAUCCUUUGGAAUGGUCCAACUGGUGUCUUUGAAUAUGAAAAAUUUGCAGUUGGCACGAAAUCCGCCCUAGAUGCUGUGAUUGAAGCAACAAAUAAUGGUGCGACUACGAUUGUAGGUGGUGGUGAUACAGCCACUGCUGCAGCCAAGUGGGAUGCUGUAGACAAAGUUUCUCAUGUUUCUACAGGAGGUGGUGCCUCUUUGGAAUUGCUUGAAGGCAAAGAACUACCUGGAAUUUCUGCCCUCUCAUCUAAAUAA